AUGAAAGCCGUAUCCGUGGUCGUGGCCGCGGUGGCGGCUGGCAUCGCCUUGGUGCAAAGCCACUUCCAGAUGGCUCCCUGUGCCCGGUCUUGUAUCCAAAAGGCACUGCCAAACGUUGGGUGCACGGGGAAUGAUAAGGAUAUUGCCUUUUGUCUCUGCCGGCCUCGCACCAAGUCCAAACUCGUCGACCCCGUUGCUCAGUGUGCUAACCAAAGCGCAUGCUCUGCCGCCGACCUCCUCAGGGCCCAGUCUAUUAUUGACUGGCGCUGCCAGAAUGUACAUCCCGCAUCGUUUUCCGAGGCCACCUUUGACGAGCCAGAAUCUGCAAGCUGGCGGCAAGCAACACAGACACCACAGCCGGUCCCAUCCAGCAGUUCGACAAGCACUCCGUCGAGCACGCCAAGCGAGAGUUCAACUGCAAUAUCGACAGCCUCUGGAAGCUCAGGGCUUUCCACAGGUCUCGUGUUAGCCAUCACUUCUGCCGUUGUAGCAGCCCUCGGCUCUCUCGCGGGAGCAUUCUGGUGCUAUCGUCGACGCCACCGACGCCGCGCAUCUUCAGGCCAAGUCCGUAAUGGACCGUCGGAGGAAGAGAAAGAUGGCCAUCCUACACGGUCUGGGCAUAAUGAGCUAUUAGGUUCGACAGAGAUGGCCCAUGAGAUGGAUAUAUACGUGCCACAGCAACCCACGCCUGCUGGGUUGAGUAAACAAGUUUACGAAAUAGAUUCAACUCCCCUCCGAAUGGUGCCGGGGAGCUCAGCACUAGAGGCAGGCCAAAUCGUGUCCAAUGCAGCUCCUCCUGGCUCACCUCGAGGUCCCACACGAGCAGACGGAAUGAAGAGUCGGACUCUAAGUGAUAUGCGGACAGCAGCGCAAGAAAAUGGAGAUCAAGAUACUCCCGUACUUGGGGAGCUCCAGAAGAGGCGUAUAAUAUUGGCAGAGGAGCGGCGGUACCUGCAACGAGUACAUGAGAUAGAGUGCGAGGACAAGAGACUUGAACAGCAGAUCAGUGACCUCACACAGCAACAGCCCAGCUCUCCCUUGGAAAAGUAG